AUGGCAGCUGUAUCCCUGCUCGCUCUCCCCGCAGAGCUCGAAUUAGAAAUAAUGAGCAUUCUGGAUGCUGGGCCUAUGCUCUGCCUAGCACUGUCUUGCAGGGCGUUUCAGGAGCUAUUCAAGUCUCCCGCAAUUCAGUAUGCGUACGAGCUCCGUUUGACUGUUAUGCAAGAUAACGGCACCAACAUACCUCUCGAGACACUACACUCGAGACUCCAGCGUCUGCGAAAGAGUUGGGAAUGGCUGAAUUGGACAUUCGGUGGGACCGUGAAGCUACCAGGGAUAUUGGAAGCAUACGAGUUAAGAUCCGGCAUAUUCGCGAAGAUUGAUAGACCGGGAACUUUUCUUUCAAUAUGCGGCCUGUCAUCUGCGACUCGAACGGGCCAUCCGUGUUCUGUGCGUUCACUAGGAUUCCGUGCUGACAAAUUUGCCAUCGACCCUAGUCAGGAUUUAAUUGCCAUCCUGGAGGAAAUUAGACUACCGAAUGGAGAGAAGCAUGUCCAAGUCCAUGCCCGUCGCAUUUCCACAGAUGAUAUCCACCCGAACGCGAAAGUGGAUGGCUUUCACUUGGACUUCGUCCAACGGUUUCUUAUCUACGAACCCACCAGUCACGAUUUCCCACCAGACGUCUACAAUUUCGAAAUGCUCAGCAAAGAUGCAUUCAUUCUAAUGUCUGUCUCUGGGCCAGGGAAAAUACAUGUCUGCAAAUUUUCCCCAACGUGUCCGGCAACUCCGACUGUCGUGGCCACGCUCCUGUUGCCGCCGACUGCUUCAUCCAAAGUUGAUUUCUUCGUCACACAUUCGGUACGGUUGCCAGAAUGCCUAACACCAGGUACCCUGCUCAUGCCUGUUCCUCAUUCCCGUAUACACGUCUUCACCGGUACAAGACCUACUCAGACAAGUCCUAUUCGCUCUUUGUGCACAGUCGGGCGUUCCUUCGCUGCAUACAGCGGGCUCACAACCAAACUCGAGUCGAAGAGAUACCCUGGGACCAUUGGGGCAUACAUGACACUCGGUUCACGGAGCAUCGAUCGCAAGUGGGCGCAUCCAGCGCUUCGUAUGGUUAUCGCGUACUAUGUAGGACACUCGAUCACUUAG